CAGAGCAACUGAGUUGGUCGCGUAUUUCUCUCAGUUGUUGAGUUCAAGUCGCAGAUCUGUGCUGUGUGUCUGUUCGGCAAUACAACUGGUUGGUGUUGGUGUUGAUGUUGAUGCACUCGUGUGUCCUUCCGCGCACCAGUGUUGCAAUCUGGUUUCACUCUGCGCCACCUGUCAAUUGAAAUGACGCCUGUGGUUCGUGAUUGGCGUUUAUCGUGAUGACGUCACUCGGAAAACCUGACACACGUGUGUGAAGACACGCGGGGCUCACUCACGUCGUGUUCCCGUGAUCGUGAACCUAGUGAAACUUAAUUAUAACGUAUGAGAAAGUGUUGUACCAGUUGAAAACAUGUGUGUUGUCUCAUAACCUACAACAUUUGUUUGUAUUAUACUUUUAGUAACAAUCUUUACUCUAGUGAGAUGAUUCUAACAACAAUUUCAAGUAGUUUUUGAACUAGUGUUACCUUUCAUACAAGUUACCGGAUUAUGUGUUGUCAGUUUUUGCUGUUGUCAUCGUAUUUGCAUGCACAGAGGGUGGUGACAGAGGCGACAACGGUGGUGACCCUUUGCUUUGGCGCAUCCAACUGGACCAGGACCUGGUGGACACUCUGGUGGCCAUCUACCCCGAGUGGUUCAAGGACCAGCUGAAAGCCAACAUGGCCGCCACAGGAGGGGGUGUUGCCUCUUCCCCCUCCACCUCGGCACCACCACCGCCCCUCCCGCCACCGCUGCCCCAUGCCCCGUCGCCCCCCAAGGCCGAGGUCGACGAUUCGCCCCUCCAGAAUGCCAUGGACAAGAAUAAGGAAUCUCUGAAGGUGAAAUUGAUGCUGAGGCGGCCUAUCAAUCAGUUGGUAGCGCAAGGCAUCAUGCCGCCUCUAAAAACGCCCCCCGCCUUCCAUGAGCAACGGCAAAAGUUGGAAAGAGCGAAAAUGGGGGACCUGCUGAAAGCGAAGAUUCAGCAGCGACCUGAUAGACAAGAAUUGGUGCGGCAACACAUCCUUGAGGAUGUGGGCCACGUUGAUCCGUCGCUGGCCGAGCGGCAAAGGAUGCUGAAGAAGUGUCGACUGGCAGACCAGCUGAACGAUCAGCUGUCUCACCGACCCGGGCCACUUGAGCUCAUCAAGAAGAACAUUCUGCAUACCGAUGAGCCCAUUGAGCGCGCCGUCAAAGAGGGCCACAUUGAGUUCAAAGCGACGAGCGAAGGCCAGAAGACCAAGCCUCAGCCGCCCGAUCACUACAUGACAAUGGACGACGACUCGCAGAGCUCAGAGGCGCAAUCGCCGCGCGACCUGGCCGCUGCGUCGUCGCCGCCCGAACAGAUCUCACCGCCGUCAGAGCCCUCUCUGAUCGACGCCCACCUCACCGAAGCCCACCUAGCUGCGCCGGAAACCACGAUUAUCGGAUCGAGAGACGUGAUCGAGACGGCAGCCGCUCAGGCGGGAAUUGUCACCGUCCUAGUGCCGCCUGGCACCCUCCUCACGACCGCACCCUCUCCCUCCUCGCUGUCUCUCUCAUCCUCUCUGUCGCCGCUAUCCUCCAUCUCGUCCCCGCCCUCCGCCCGUCCCGCCCCGCCGCCCGGUAAGGACAAGAAUCGCAAAAAGUCAAAGACGAAAACGCAGCCCAAGGCUAGGACCAUCAAGUUCCAUGAAUACAAGGGUCCACCUAAUGCUCACAAGACGUCGCCUCCAAGCGCCUCUCCGGGUGAAACCAGCUAUGAACUGCUCCUGCAACAGCAACAGCUGUUCUUGCAAUGGCAGCUCGAGUGGCAACACACUUAUCCUCAAAUAAUUCUGCCAGCUUCGCAGAAGCCACCGGAACCAGCUCCAAGUCUGAUUGCGGUUACAAAGACUGCUCCUCCCGCUCCCCCACCGCCCCUCCCCCAGGCAACUGUUGUACAGCCACCCCCACCACCCCCUCCUCCGGACACGAGGCCGCUCAGAAAUCUCGAAGACAUGAAAGUGAGCGACCUCCGCAUGGAGCUGAAGAAACGCCAGCUACCAGUGUCGGGUCCGAAGCCACAGCUGAUCGAGCGACUGAAGCCGUUCAGUGAGUCGACACCAUCUUCCCUUGCGGCCAGCCUGACGGCCGACGACUCGCUGCUGUCCGUGUGCCAUGUUUCGCCGCCGCAGAGCACACCUGGUCACGAGUCGGUGUGCCAUGCUUCACCGCCUCAGAGCACACCAGGUGUGGCCGAAUCGUACGCGAGCGGCGACAGCUGCAGUCCCCCCGACUGCUCGUCACUGCCGCCGUCCCCCCUGUCGCCCCCCUUGCCCCCCUCGCCGUGCCCCUCGUCGAUCGCCAUGGAGACGGAGGCCAGUGAGGAGAUCAUUCGCGAGCAGCGGCGCAAGAUCGACCAACUGCAACGCCAGCUGCUCCGCUCGCAGAUGCAGCUGCAGCAACAGCAGCACCAUCACCAACAAAACACAUUCCAGCCUCAGCAACAGUUGAAUGCAAAGGCAAGUCUAGCUGCUUUCCUCCAACAACAACAGCUCAAUCAACUGCUACUACAGCAACAGCAACAACAACAAGCCCAACAACAGGCUCAACAACAGCAGCAGCAGCAGCAGCAGCAGCAGACGCAAACUCAACAACAACAAAUUCCUAGUCAGCAAAUUCCGCAACUACAGCUGACUCUGACAACAACAGCAGCCAGCAAUAACAACAACAAUAACAACAAUUUUGUCAACAACAAUGUGAUCAACAACAAUGCGAACAACAACAAGCAGCGUGUGUUGUUGGGCCAGCAGCAGACUGCUUUGGUGCUAAACCAGCUCAACCUCAAGACUAACGGCCUUAAUAGGACUGCGACACUGCCCAACUUCCUUGGAACGUUUGUUGGGAACACUCCAGUGGUGCUCUCCACAGAACAGGUACCUGAACUUCUGUCGCAAACCGAACUGCUUGACGAGAAGCCUCCCCCUCCCCUCUAUGAGGAUGCCACCAAAUUGCUCAAAGUCAAAAUGGAGCCAGAUGACACAAUACGAGAUGUGAAGAGUCAGAUAGUUGACGAUGUGCUCGAGAUUCUGAUCAAAAACGGCGAACUUCCAGCAUCCGCCGCCCAGGAACUGACCACGCCAUCCGGCCCGCCCUCGGCUCCACCCACUUCACUAGCCUCGCCUUCGGCGCCGCCAACUUCACUAGCCCCGCCUACUCACCUCGAUCUGAGGGAGCUCGGCUUGGAUGUGGAACUGCUUGACAGUGUGGAGGAGUCGAUGGACCUCGGAGUCAACGAGAAUGCAUUGGAACUGAUGGAUGUUGACACGGAGUGGCUGGACUCGUUGAUGGACGGGCCGCAUCCGUCCAACGGGCCGUCGACGAGUGCCGGGCACGAUCCGCUGCUUAACCAGGAUCCGUUCGAUCUGUUCGCCAUGGACGAUUCAGAGUUCAAGAUGUCGCCCGACUUUGGUUGGGACCGGGUCGGCGACUUUACCGCGUAGUGCUAUGUUUCACACUAUCAGACUGUGCAGUGUUGCCAGGUUGUGCAAUAAACCGGUGCUCUGUUGUCAAGUUGUGCAAUACUCAACAUCACAAUGAACCUGUGUGCUCUUGCAAUGCCAAUCACAUUUAAAAUACAUCAUUUUGCCAAAUAAUGUUGAUACAGUGCUGCCAACUUGACAAGAAUGAAGCUCCCUGGUUUCUUCCAAAUAGUGUAAUCAUGUGAUGCAGUGUAGCCAACUUGUGCAAUAAAACUUUGCAGUGUUGUCUCGUUAAACAAUGCUUAACACAAUAAAAUUGUGUGGUGUUGCCAAGUUGUGCAAUGCUUGAUCAAAAUGUGCAGGGUUUUUAGGUCGUGCUAUGGAAUCACAUUGAACAAACUGAACCCUAUUGAACUCGACGAUAAUGCAAUUUCUAGUGACUUUACUCAAUUAUAUUUGAAGUCGCCGUGUUCGUUUACUGCUGACUGCGUUUUUGAAAGCUUAUGGUCACCGCUCAAGAAAAUUGUGUGGUGUUGGAAUGUGUAAACAUUUUGUCUCUGUAAUUCGAUUUUUCUCUGCUGACUGACUUUGGAAAGCUAUGGUCACGUUUUAGACUAGCUACUUUUAUUAGUAUCUUGAAGAUACGCUUUUAUUGCCUAGUGUCUACUGUUGCUCCUCUUAAAAGGAGGCAUAGAAUUGAGUAGGAUAAAAUCUAUGAGAAUUUGCCCUUGAAACGUAUUCAACACCUACUGCAUUUCGAGUAGGUGAGCCCUAGUUUAUUCUGUACUGAAAAUUGUCCUAUUUUCGUAUUGGUUUACGUAGCAGUCAACGAUUUCUUUGUUUACUUUGUGCAAGCAUUAUUAUGAUUUAUGCCAGGUUCCUGAUAUCUUGAAUUAUGGAAUUCCAUCAUUUUUUUAUUAAAUCAACGAUUCAAUAAAAUGUUUUUGGGGUUCAAAAUUCCACAAAAAAUAUUAAAAUAAUCUUUAUAUUCUGCAUUCCUGCAUAUUAUGCCACUCAUUUCACGAUAGGUUGAGAACCUAGUUUUAUUCAAUAGUUGUUUUUUUAUGGUUUAUACAAGAAGACAUUUAGUAGCUAGUCUAUAACGUAAUGUUUGGUCAUAGCUUUUAUAGUAAAUGCUUGAUUGUGAGCAAGUGCCUUGCAUAAUGUGAAAACUGGUGAUGUAAUGAGUUAACGUUUUCCAGCUCUUCGGAUCAUUAUAUGGGGAAGAGUUUACUAUUAAAAAUGAAAACAUUUCAAUCAAUGUAUAUAGAAUUUAUAAAUAUUAUAUAUAUUCGGACCAUUUCUUGUUAAUAUUUUUGUUUAUAUUCUGGAAGAUUUUAGUUUUAAAAUAUAGCUGUAAGUUGCUCGGAUAAAUUUUAUUUUUUUAUUUGCAGUCAAUAAAGUUUGUAUGAAAUCGGAUAGAAGUACAUGUAGGAUUUGCUACUGUAUAGCAUGCAUUCAAUUCUGUUCAACAUAUUAGCUAAUAUGAAGUUUCGCUGGAACUAUAAACUAAUAUUAAGUCGAAAUGUAUCACUCCUCAGCCUACUAAACUCUUGCCUAAAGUGUAAUAAAGAAAAUGAUUAAUAUAGUGUUCAUAGUAUUAACAAUAGAAUUUCGAAUACCUUAUAGAUUUCAAGUUCUCAUUUUCUAUUAAAUUUCUCCCAUAAGAAUAAUCAAGCUUCUAAAACUUUUUGCACUAUCCUAUUUGUAAUGUCUAGAUAAUUUUCAUGUAAAAUACAUUUUUCUAAAAUCGAAAGAGUUUUGUAGUUUCAUAAUAAUGUAUGUUGAGAUAAAUUUGAAGCAUUUCUAAUUAAAUUACAGCAUUAAAGUUCUGCUAGAAUUUGGAAUGAAAGCUUCGCCUUCAAGAAUGAUGAAUAGUUUUCUCUGUACUGUGUGUGGGCUAGUUAUAAUUCUCAUCACAUAUGUGGCGGAAUUCCUAAAUUUCAAAUAUAUUUCAUUUAUUUAUUAUUGCAGAGAACUUGUGCAAAUCAAAAGUACCUUGUGCAAUCAAAGUUGUAAAAAAACUUAGAAUCAACUGUGAAGUUAUGAUUGGAUUUUUUAUGAUGAUUUAUAUUUGUUUAAAAAUUAAAAUUUAUUUUUGUUGAAAAAGUUUCACGAUAAUUUGGGUUUAUUGUUAUGAAAAUGUUUUCUCUAAAUAACUAUAAUGUUUUACAUAUUUAUUUAUUAUUUUAAGAUUUAUCACAAGCUGUUAGCUUUAUAACGAUUUAGAUCAUACUUACAUGUUCCUAUCUUCAACAUAGUUGAGAAAAUAUAUUCUUCCAAAUAAUUAAUAUGAUAAUUAUUGUAAAUAAUGUUUGUUUGUUCACCUUCCAACUUCGGAAAUGAAACAAUUCUCUCCAUUUAAAAGAAUAUUCUCUGAAUCUUGUGCUAUAUAAUAUUCAAAUACCUUUUCUAACCUUUUUAUCUAUUCUAUUUUCUCUAAUGAUUGCAAUUUGAGGCUAUUAUUGCAUUAUUGUUAUAUUAUCAAGACCAUCUGGUUUACUCCCAUUUUUUUAAUGUUAGGAUUACAGACUGGAGAAAUCGAUUCACCAUGGAAAUUCAGUGCAAUUUCUUACAAAUGAUAAUUCUAAAUCGCUUUUUAUCUUUAUACAGUAGUUGUCCUCUACUUUAUGGAGUAGAAUGUAGAAUUAACUCAAAUGAUGCAUACAUUCAUAGAACUACCAGUUUGUUGCUUACGCUUCUAAAGUACCUAAGCCUAGUACAUUAAAGAUUUUUCUUUCCUCUUUUAUUAUUAGUGAGCCAGCCAGGUCACACGAUAUUAAUUAUUAUUUAUUUAUUAGCAUUUGCAUAUUUUUGUUUUCAUCUAAUUAUAUCAUUGGACAUUUGUCACACUCUUUAAAAAUCUUGAAAUUAAUUAUUUUUAUAAAAUAUUUACUCACUCCUAGACGUUACAGGCCGAUAUGACCCUUGGCCUUCUUUACAAAGCCUCUCCAUACAAUUCGAUCCUCUGCCUGCAUCUUUCAAUUUCGCACCCGUAGGAUCCGCAAAUGCCCUUCCUACGUAUGUUUGAGAUUUUCCUCGCUAAUAAAAUAUUUAAUGUUUGGAAAAAUAGUUAUUUGGAUCAAGAAAUUAGAAGAAACUCACUUUUGAAAUGAAAAAAUUGAUUCAUAUUUAGCAAAAUAUUUCAAUGUUCAAGUUCUUUUGAAGGCUUUAUAAUCCAUUCCUUAGUAAUUAUUUUGCUACGAGUAGCACAAAGGAAAAAACAUAGUGUUCAUUCUUCCUUCUGUGCUAGUAGGCUACAGUACAUGUAUUAUUAUAAUGUUAACCUAAAUUACACUGAAGAAGGGGAUCAAAUCCCCCUUACAAUUCUUAUUUAUCUGAACUAAUUAUUUUUUUUAUUCUCUCUUUAAUUCAAAAACGUAAUCUAUGUCAUUAAUACUAUGAUAUGUAUUAUUACAGUUUGCAGAAACGAAUAUCAAAUGAAAAUUUUCAAAUAGAGUCGAAAAUCGUCCUCGACAAGAUGAUCUAACUGACUUAACCCACUUUCAUAUACACUUAAUUGAUGAUUUGAUUAAUGGAAAUGAUCUAGAAGUUUGUGAAAUUGCAUCUUCCAAAUUUUAUUUUUGGUUUUUAUAUUUUUAGAAUUGAAGAAACCAGUAGUUUCUUGUACAUAAUUGAGGUAGUUCACUUUGUAUAUUUCAUAUUUUGCUCAAGAGAAUAAUGCUAAUCAUUUAUCAAUCCAGAUGCUUUUGCAUUUUAGAAGUUCUAUUUUAAAUUGAAUAACUUCAUGUAGAAAUUGAAUAUUGUCUUCCUGAAUACUAGCUGAAUUCAAGUUAGAAAAAAUAAUGUCUCUGUUCAUGAUUUUUUAUAUUUAUAUUAUUAUAAUAUGUACUUAAACAAGUAGUUCUAAAAGAGUGAUUGAAUUUUCAAAUUGAAAUCUUGCCAGCAUCUCUGAACCUUUCUCCUUGUUAAACAUUCCAAAAUGCAACAACCGUUCUGGUAUAACUAGUUAUGAAAGAUAGUAAUUUGAAAUUUAGUUUCCCAAAUAAUACGUAAUGAUAUAUUAUCCCAAUUCAAAUUUUUUUUCCAAAACACAAUAAGGCAUGAUCAUUUAGUCUAAAAUUAUUCAUGUUAAUUCCUCAAACUACAAAUUAGAGGCUACGGAGACAUUCCUAUUUUAAAAAUCAACUAGAAGACUUAUGAAACAUGUAUUUGAAGAGAAAAUCAACAUGGUAGCCCAUUUAUAUCUUUCAUUUCUGUAGAGUUGUACCAUAACAGUUCUUUUUUAAAUCAAAAUGCUCAAACGAUGAAAUAAAUUGAUUGACUUCCAUUGGAACUUUUUUCAAUACCAGUCGUUGAAUUUCAGAUUGGACUUACAAAGGUUGUCAAAAGACAAAUAUAUUUACCUGCUAUAUUCUAAAAUAGUUAUUUGACGAUAAUUUUGAACAUUAUCAAACGUCUUAUCAAAUAUUUUAUUUUACAUCUUACUUUUUUAAAUAUGUUAUGGGAUUGGUUUGAAUCAACCCAUAAAUAAAUAAAUUUACCCAACUCUAAGUAUACCGCUUUCUUAACAGAAGUGUUGAUCAAAUUCAAAUUUCUGAUCGAACUAAUCGUUUAAUGCAAGGUACCUAGAAUACCUGUAUUCUAGGUACAUUGGUUCAAUGGAUUCCUCACGAGAAAAUUGAGCGUGUUAAUCACAUUGAAUAACGGACACAACAUUCAUUCAGAUAAAAUAAUCUAUAUGAUACACUUUAUAAUCCUUCUGGCUCAUCCACUUAUGUCCAAUUCAAAUCGAAUCCUUUUAGUAUUUUGACUUUUAUCGAAAUGUAAAGCAGAUACAACUGAACCAUAAAGAAAAAUUAACUUUCAUUGGAUUAGCAUGGGCAUAAGUUGGACUGGUGCUGUACAGCAUGCUUUUAAUUAAGCAUUUCUAGUUUAUAUUAAAUCGACCCCGUUUGUAUUAAGAACCCCAUUCUUCAGCCUCCCCUUAGUUUUAGUUCAAACUCAAUUCUCCGAUAAAUUAAAAUAGGUUUUUGGAAUCUUCAUGUUUUCGCAAAACUCUCAAUGUGUCAGAUACAUGUUUGUUAUGGAACGAGCUGUUUAUUAUGUAAGGAAGAUUGUCAGAGAAUAAUAUUAUAAUACUUAGCAAGAGUGUGAAUAGUUUUGCAGUUAUGCAAAAGCCACUGCCUAAAUUUUAAGUUACGUACUUUUGGGACCAGCCAGUCUGUUUGAUAUCUUGGCUUGACAGGACUGGAGCUGGAACUUUGAAAUUGAAAGAUAAUCGAUUUUAGUUUUAUCUAAUUUCGACUUAGCCUCGACCUAGCUUCAUACUCAUAUCAAUAUUCGAAGUUACACAUUAUCCAGUCGAGCCGAAUAUUUCGACAUUAUUUAUAAUAUUCUUGUUUGUUUGUAUUGUAAGUUACUUUGUGCAUUGCCAUAAGCUUGUUAUUUUUGCAAUAUUUGAACAAGGGACUAUUACAAUAUUUGAACGCAUAUUGACAAGUUUUCGCUUUAUUAUUUUACCGUUAUGAAAUAUUUUCAUAUUUUAGCUGUAAAGGAAUUGUAAAAAAUGUGUGAAUUGAUCAGAAUGUAAAUAUAUUAUUUGCAUAAAUAUAAAUUUAUGAAUAAAUUAUAUGAAUUUAAAACGAA